CUUAAGUUUAGCCAAAUAAGAUAUUAUCUGACCUCGCAAAUAUGCUUUGAGUGUAUUCCAUAUAAUCAAUUUCGAAACAUCUCCCGUAUUAUUAAAAAAAAGAAAUCUUUUAUCUGAAUCUCUAUAAAUUUAACAAAGUCCAAAUUUUGUAAUAAAUUUUCUGGAAAGCGCCAAGGCAAGUUUACAUUACUAACAUCAUUUAACUCAAAAGUUAAACUUAAAGGCGCAUGAUCCGAUACUGCAAUAGCAUCAUAUUCACAUUUCUGAACUUUGGACAAAAAUCGGAAUUCAGCUAUAAAAUAAUCAAUUCUCGAAUAAUUAUUAUGAGCAUGUGAAUAAAAAGAAUAAUCUCUGUCAUUAGGAUGUAAAUUUCUCCAGAUUUUAUCAAAUCAUAAUCAAUUAAAAAGGAAUUAGUAAGUGUUGCCGAACGACUCAGAGGCUGCUGAUUGGAUGAACUUUUGUCAAUCAAAGGAUUUAAGCAACAGUUGAAGUCACCUCCCAUCAGCAGCACAUAUUCAUUUUAGUCUGGUAAUAAACCAAAUACAUUUUUUUAAAAAAGAAAGAUCAUCUACAUUAGGUCGAUAUAGAUUAACCAGGACAAUUUUUCCAUUACAAAUAGUUCCUUUAAUAAUUAAAAAUCUACACUUAUUAUCUGAAACAAUGUCUUCAUGAAUAAAUAAAAUAUUAGAUUUAAUAAAAUAGAUACUCCCUUUGUUUUAUUAUGACAAGUAGCAUGAUAUUGAAGGCCCUUUCAUGUUUUAAAAAAUCUAUUUUGAUCGCUCGUUCUGAUAUGCGUUUCUUGAGCAAAAAUUUAUCGGGCUGGAAUUGAUUAAUAACUUUAAAUGUCUUCCUUCGUUUAAUAGGGUGAUUCCAACUAAUAACGUUUAUCUGUUUAAAUAUUCUGAACCCGACAAUACACGCAUACCAUCGCGGGCUAAUCAAAGAUGGCGGUGAUGAACAUAACCACAUAGAAAAUGCGCAUGCUCCGGAACUCCAUACUAGGGAAAAAUACAAAAAGUGUGUAAAUAAAAAUCCCACGAUAAACCCCAAGAAACAAAAAUACCCCCAGACACCCCACCAUUCCCAAGGAAGAAAAUCCGGCGAAAGAAAAAAAGAGCCGGAAAGCAUCCCUAAGAAAAAGAUAUAAGACGGGGUUCCGCGUGCCGCUCAGUUUAAAUAACGAUUAAAAGUUCUUUCUCCCAAUUCUCCCCUCUCCCUUACAAAGAAAAUACGUAACCUUAAGAUAAAAAAAGCCCAGCAAAGAAAAAAAUGUUUAUACUUAAUCAAUAAACAAAAGCUAAAAGAAUGCAACGACAGUCUGCAAAGGUGCCAAAACAAUACUAUUAACCCAAACAGUUUAAGCUCAGUAUUUAGGGAGAGAAAUUUUCCUCAGUGGUCUGUAAACUCUGUCGUAACGACUUCAACUCAGAAGUGUUAUUAUCCACUUUGUUAUCGAGAUCCAUCAACGCACGUUCCAAACGCUCAGCCCAGACAGGCAUGUCUUCUGAUUUUUCUUUCGAAGUUUUUCCCUUUCCAUUGCUGGGUUCAAAUGGCUGUUUUCCACUUCUUAAAGGAUACGACAUAAUGACCACUAUUUCCCUCCAAGAUCCAGAAAAUAAAAGUUGAAUAAUUCAAGAAUUAAACUGGGGAAAAGGAGGAAUUAAAGGCAGCCACAGGAUUUGUAUGUCACUCCGUUGAGCAGCAGGCGGAACUCCCUCCUGACGUCCAGUCUAUUCCGCAGUUUAGUUUUCGUUGCAUUCAUUGCAGAGAUAUGUUGGAAAUGGAAGCAACGUUUUCAGUGCUUUCGUGGCUAUCUCAGGAUAUUUAGCCUUGACUUUGAUCCAGAAUGCCGGCAGAGAUGUUAUGUCAAACAUACUUUUCAGCCCGUCGUCAUUUGCAAGCUCGAGGAGUUGGUCUUCCCGCGCUGACACGGAUGACGUGGGCGUAAUGACCUCACGUGCGUUCAAGUUCAACAGUGCGUGACAGGGAAUGAGAAAAGGUCCAGCUGACUCAUAUCGUUUCAUAUCGCCAAAUCAAAUUGUUUCCUUGCGACCCGGUGGUUGGGAACCGCUCUUAGCACGAAGAGAGACCAAACAGGACGCUCGCUCUCCCUCUCCCUCUCAAAAAAUCCAUUUCCGGAAUAUUGUAUAUAACUUCCGGGCGUCAGGGAGCCACUAUCGAUAUGCGGGAGACUGCCGGAACUUCCCGGAGAGAUGGAGGGUAGUGAAACUGGACCAGAGGAAAAUCAUCGUACUGGAAGACGCUGCACCCCCAGGCGCCCAAAGCUCAAUGGUUGGAGCUGGCCACCACAUCCCUAUCAGAUAUUGACUUGGUCAGCCUACUUGUAUUUUCUUAUCGUUGUAGUUGGUGUACUUAUCCCUCUUCUUCCAAGGCAUUGGAUACCUGCUGGCUACAUUUAUUUUGGUGCUGCUUUUACUUGGCACUUAGGUUUUUAUGUGAUUGCGGCCACCGUUGACCCAGCUGAUGAUAACGUUCGGCUCAAGAGACGUAAAAAAUUACCCCCAGUGUUUCGCUGCCGAACACACAAACCUGUACUCCAGAAUCGUUACUGCCUGCUUUGUGAGGUUGACGUGGGUUACAGGUCCAAGCACUGCAAACAAUGCAACAAGUGUGUCUGUAAUUUUGAUCAUCAUUGUAAGUGGCUCAACAAUUGUGUAGGAAGCAGAAAUUACCGGUACUUCCUGAACUCUGUUAUCAUUGCUCUCCUUGGUAGUGUGGUAAUCGUCAUCAUUUCAGGCUUUGUGCUUGUUGCAUUCUUCAUCAAUCCAAACCUGCUUCGAAGCAACCCAAAAUUUGAAUCGGUAAAUGAUGCAAAUACCUGGCUUGCAUUUCUGCCAUAUUUUUCCGUUCGUAUAAACGCACCUACUCUUCUUGUUCUCGCUGUGGUCACUAUUGGACUAAGUCUGAUUGCACUGAUACUUUUGUGCUACCUUCUGUUCUUCCACUUCUACCUCAUGUGGAACCGACUAAGCACUUACGAAUACAAACUUUUUCACUCUCAACGUCAAAGGUUGGAAAAUGAUGAAGUAGAAGCUCCACAAUUGAGACCUAUUCAGGUUGCAACUAAAGGAGGUGGCAUUGAAAGACUGACAGACAUCUCUAGGUACACUGGUUCCCACAAGUUACGCUUUGAUGAAAGUGGAGCAGGUGAAGGGAUCAGUGGCAGGGAGUACAUAGCAGAAAAUACAGGUUACGUUGCAAAUUACCAGGGUGCUGGAACGUAUGACUGGAAAGUGAAGAAGUAGAAGUCGUUUAGAUGCUUCCACUAAAGGACAGAAGGACACCAGCACUCUCUGCACCCUCUUCAGUUACUUAAGUUCUCUAGCGUUUACA